GUGAAAGCAGAGAGAGAGAGAGAGAGAGAGGCAAUGGCAAGGCAAAAGGCAAUGUUGAACUCAAGAAGGAAAGGUCUUGAGAAGAAAUGGGCGUGCAUUUUGCUGGUGCUAGCGUCUGCCUCAGCUGCUUCGUCUCAGCAUCUUGUGGAGACGCUUCCUGGCUUUCCCGGAAGACUUCCUUUCAAGCUCGAGACCGGGUACAUAAGUGUUGGCAAGGUUGAGUUCUUCUACUACUUCGUGCAGUCCACCGGGAAUCCUGGAGCCGACCCUCUUCUGCUUUUCAUGAAUGGAGGUCCUGGGUGCUCGGGUUUGAAUGCCUUCUUGUACCAGAUUGGUCCCCUUAAAUUCAAUGUUACUGAUUACACUGGGGGUUUGCCGUCAUUACUCUAUGAGCCAAAUGCCUGGACUAAGACAGCCAACAUUAUAUUCAUAGAUGCACCGAUCGGCGCAGGUUUCUCCUAUGCGACGACAACAUCAGCUUACAAUUCCACAGACACAUUUAAUUCUGUACAGAUGCAGAUAUUUUUAAGAAACUGGCUAGCAGCUCAUCCAAGUUUCCAAACUAAUCCGGUGUUUGUUGGUAGCGAUUCCUAUGCCGGUAUAUAUCCUCCCAUGGUUGCUACGGCAAUUCUACGCGGGAAUGAAGCUGGACUUAAACCAUAUGUCCACCUUAAGGGGAUGAUACUAUCAUGUCCCCACACGCACACAGAUCUUGAAACUAACGCAAAAGUUCGAUUCGCUCAUAGGUUGGCCCUCAUUUCAGAUGCACUUUAUGAGUCUUUAGAAGUAAAUUGUGGUGGGAAUUUUGCGGAGUCGACAAACGCGAACUGCACAGAGGAUCUGGCAGCCUAUGACCAGCUAAUUGAAUUGAUCAGCCAAACAUAUGUUCUUGACCCUGUUUGUACUUUCAUUUCACCAAAAUCGAAAGAAGCUUUCAAAUUAGCAAUGUCAAACCAAGAGAAGAACAGGAGGUCCAUCCAAGAGUUCACCAAGGAUCGUCGCCUGUCGCUCCCAAGACCUCGUGACUUUUGGUGCAAGUACUUCGAUUAUUAUCUUGUCGAUGUAUGGGGUAAUUAUCCAGGUGUACAGGAAGCUCUUCAUGUUCGGCCGGGGACAGUCAGCGAAUUUUUCAGGUGUAAUAAUUCCUUAGCAGCCUACACUGAAGAUGUCGACGAUGUUCUCGAUUAUCAUAAGAAUCUCACCAGCCUGGGCAUGCAAGUUCUAGUUUUCAGUGGUGAUCAUGACAUGUUUAUACCACACAAUGGUAUCGAAGAGUGGAUAAAAUGGCUUAAUUUAACGAUCGAUACAGAUUGGAGACCGUGGUUUGUAGAUGGCCAAGUAGCUGGGUACACAAGGAAGUAUACAGAUGAUGGAUACCGAUUGACCUACGCAACAUUAAAGGGAGCUGGGCACUCGUCUCCAGAAUACAAACGCAGAGAAUGUUACGAGAUGUUUCAAAGGUGGAUUCAUUACUAUCCUCUGUAGAUCCACUCGAGCUAGUGCAAGAAUAAAAUUUUGUUCGCUUGUUCAUUGCCGUGGUUAAUUCCUGUUGUGUUUUAAUUAAUAAAGACAUGCAAUUCCAAUUCCAGUACGUUUUAUUUCGUCCUUACAUUUCAUUCCGACUAAUCCAAGAGGACUCCUUUUUCUUAUCUUUGCAAUAAAGGGGUUUUACUUUU